AUGGUCGAACAUAUUGAUGGUAAUCGACUUCAAUCAGAUCUUCGUUAUCGUUUUGAUUAUUUAUCUAAAUUUCUUAAUUUUAAUUCGGAUGAUAUAGCGAUGCUUAAUACAUUUGCACCCAUUGUUUUUCCACUUAUACCAGUUUUAUCCGAUGCAGUUUAUAGAAAAUUAUUUUCAUUUGAUAUAACAAAACAAUAUUUUCUUAUUCGUAAUGAUGGUUUUCAGGGUUUUAUGCCUAAAAAAGAUUGUGGAUUAACAGUAGAUUCAGCACAAAUGACAUUUCGAAAAGAUAUGUUAAGUGUUUAUUUAAAACGUGUAUUGACACAAACUGAUUGGAAUGAUACAUUUCUUCAAUUUUUAUCACAAGUUGGUAAAAUGCAUA